AUACCGAGUUAUUGGUGAUGUCUUUGGUGUGCACAAAAGCACUGUUCACAAAUAUUUUCACCUCGUCGUGAACGCGUUAAUUCAGCUAAAAACAGAGUUUAUCAAGUUUCCACAGGUGGGAGAUGCGUUAUUAAUUGCAAGUGAAUUUGAGAAAAAAUCGCAUAUACCAAACAUUAUUGGCGCUAUCGAUGGUAAUUUUAACCAACCUGAAGGCUUAUAUGCAUAUCCAUACAUAACUAAAACUCUGGAAAUUAAACAUUUUAGGAACCCACAUACCGAUCUUGCCACCAAGUCAAGGAUACCUAGAUUAUAUUAAUAGAAAGGGGUGGCCUUCCAUCGUAAUGCAAGGAGUGGUGGAUAGCAACUACAUGUUCACAGAUGUCAGCGUUAAGUUACCUGGAAGCACUCAUGACGCGACGGUUUUUAAGGAGUCGGGAUUGUUUAAAAACUCAUCGACAUUAAUUCCGAGGCAUACAAAAUUAAUAAAUGGUGUUGAAACGCCACUAUUUCUUAUUGGAGAUCCUGCGUAUCCACUUCUUCCCUGGUUAAUAAAACCAUACACCGGAAGUUUGAAUGCAGCCGAAGAAUCUUUUAAUUGCCACUUGAGUUCUGCCCGAAUAGUCGUCGAAAAUGCUUUUGGUCGACUUAAAGGUCGUUGGCGAUGCCUAACUAAAAGAAUUGAUGUGAAUCCUACUUUCGUUCCGCAAGUUGUCUUAGCUUGUGCUAUAUUACAUAAUUUUGUUGAACAACAGAAAGAAUCCUAUUUAGAAACGUGGGCACAAUCAGCUCUAAAUAUAAGAGAAUUUCCGCAGCCUCAAGACACCCUUUCUAGUGAAAUAAUUUUUGAUGACAAUGUUGACCCUAAGCAUUUGCGAAACAAUUUGAAAAAUUUUUUAAAAGACAAUUUUCCUUUGAAAACCACUUAUUUUAAUUACUGACUACCAAACUCAAAAAGACUAAUUAUAUAGCUUUAGUAAGAAGCAAUUAUAAUUAAAAGCUAUCAUAAUUCUUUACCACUGAUCAAAAUAAUAGCACCUAGACAUUUUGACCAGUUCUGACUAUUUUUCUUUUGUUUGCUUAACGUUCGCCGAUUUUUCAGAAAAUUAUAGCGCAUUAUAUGACAAAAGCCAUAUAACUCCAAACUUCAGUUUUUAUACAGAGCUUAGAAAAAUUCAACAAAUUUUCAUUAAAAUUUUGAACUUUUAUUCUGAAU